GCCCGCGGCGCGGCGCGGCGACUGGACGGUUGGCUAGGUGCGCGGGCGUGUUGGCUGGCGGGCUGCGCGGGGCUCGGGGUCGCGGUACGCGUGGGCACCUGCCGUCCCCGCGGAGGGGACUCCCGCCAGAAGUAAUCCUCUGCCUCGGAAUGGGAUACUGGCUCCUUCCCCACUCCUGUGAUCAAGCCGGGAACUGAGGCUUCUGUGGGGAUGCCUGUAAACCAUCAGAAAUCAGACUUCUCGGAGAUGGACUCCGACCUGUCACCCAGCUGCAGGCUCAGUGACUUGAGCAGAGGUGGGAGUCUGGAGAGUCGAAGCAGCAGUUCGCGGUCCAGAAGUUUCACUUUGGACGACGAGAGCCUGAAGCACCUCACACACGAGGAGAAGGAUGUCAUCCUGUUUUUUGAAGAGACUCUUGAUUCCCUGGAAGAUGACUUUGAGGAGCCAACCCUGUGUGACAGUGGUAUUCAUUGCCACUCUCCGCAGUCUCUGGAGAGCCCUUCCAGUCACUCUGAGCCUGAAGAUGUCAUCGAUUUAGUGCAGCCAAGACCUGCAGCUGGGGACAUGGAGUGCCUUCCAGAGAUGCCCCAGGAAGCAGGGGCUGGACCUGUUGGGAAGGAGCACGUUGCUGUCCUCAAAGGCAGGAAACAAGACACUGAGAAUUCCCAAGCACCAGCGCCCACAGGUCCUGAAGCCCUUCCUCUGCCACCUUCCCUGCCUGAUGUCCCAGCCCUGGCCUACACCAGGAGGGAGCUGCCCUCCCCUUCUCCCCCAGCAGAGCACCCAAAGCUACCCCGCUCAGUCCCUACUCCGCUUGUGAUUGCUCAGAAAAUCUCCGAGAAGUUGGCAGGAAAUGAAGCCCUCUCCCCCACAUCCCCCUCGAAGGAGGGCAGGCCUGGAGAGUGGCGGACACUGACUUCUUUAGCCUCUCGAAACGGAGACCAAUUCCCCUGGCACCGACACACAGCACAGCCUGCGCCCAAGAUUCACCGCUUCCCCAGCAACAUCAGCGUGACCAACAGCUCUGGGAAGGACUUCAACAAGACCAUCUCCAAAGCAGCCGUCAACGUUCAGGAGCGCAAAGCCCAGGUCCUGGCCAACAUCAACGGCGUCUCUUUCCUCACCUCGGGGGACACAGAAAACCAGUCACCAAAGAGUGAUCUCACAGAGAAGAGGAGUGUCCCUGCAGAUCAGGGGACGCCCUCCUGGAGCAAGCCAGGGCUGGCCAAGGAAGCUGAAGGGCCACGAGCAGGCGCGCAGGCCAGUGGUGGUCAGCAGUCCAGAGGUGUGCAGACAGAGCAGCCCCCAGUGCUGGCCAACGGCUUCCAGAGCAUCCAUGAGGUGCUGCGGAGUGAGCCCAGUCCCUUCAUGUCUACUGGAAAGACCGUCACCUUCCGCCCAGACCCCACUCUUGCCAGCAAGCUUGCACGCCAGAACGCCAGCAGGAGCUUCUGCGAGCCCCGGCCUCCAGACUGUGGCCAGGACGCCAGGAAGCGGGCAGGCUCUCUCCCCAGAGCAGUGGGGUUCAGGCCCCAGGGCAUCACUGUGCAGUUCUCUGGCCGGGGCUCCACAGAGGAAGCUCGGCGGGAGGCCCUGCGCAAGCUCGGGCUACUGAAGGAGAACUUGUGAUGGGGACUAGCCUGGGGAUCACCAAAGGCCCCCUGCCCGCUCCCUCAGCAGGAUGGCUAAGACACCUGCUUAUUCCCCUCCCUGAAAAGGGGGUGAAAUGAAACAGUGAUGGGCCCUCUCGGGCCUGCAAAUUCAGGACCUGGUUGGCCUGAAAUGCACAUGUGAAGAGCAGGACCUGGGGGCCCAGCAGCUGUGGCCCUAUGAGGAGGGGAGCCAGAGACGCUGGGCCUGGGAAGUCCCGCAGGGGAGCAGGGAAUUCUGUGAGAGCCUGGACCCAUAUCUUUUCACCUUCCUUUUUCUAAGGUCUCAGAGAAUAAACUUUUAAGUCCUGAUGGCUUCCAUGAUUUGUAAAUGCCAUAUGUUUUUAGAAUUGGGAGGGGGGAAUUGGCCCGAGUGCCUCAGCUAGCCUUUUAUCCUAAGUGGAGGACAUGAAAGCCAGUUUAGAUCUCAUCCUCAGGAUUUUCACCUCCUCUUCUAAGAAAAUUAAGAAGAAAAGCUUGUUAAAUUUUUCAUAGUUUCAUAAUAUACUUUUUUUUGUCCCUUUGUUUAGUUUUAAAGUAUGAAAGAUGAAACAUCACCUGGGUAUAUUUUUGUUUCUGGAUCCACUUGGUUUUCCCAGUUUAAUUGAAAAUUGAAAUGAAAUCUUCACAGUAUGAUUCACUAUCAUUUUGAGGUGUGAGAGUCAAAUAGGUAGAUUUUUGGAAAGGAUGGUGUAUGAGUCUGUGUUGUGUGUAUAUAUGUACAUACUAUAUGUUGACAUAUAAUAGGCAUUGUGUGUAUAUACACGCACAUUUGUUAGUCCGUAAAUAUAAACUUCUGAAAACCCUGCUAUGUAGCAACCAGCACUUCUCCUGAUGGACACAGCCCCCUCAGCAUUACCAUGGAUGACACAAGAAAUCCUUACUUCCUAAUAUGGAAGUCUUCUAAGGCCAUGUGUCCAUAUUUUGGUGAACUAAAAGUACUUUUUCCCUCAACGGUGUGUUGUUCUGUUCCCAAUUAAGGUAAUGUUUCCUGCUUCCAAAGAAGCAAGAUGGUUCCUGUUUUAUUAAAGAACAUUUUUAAAAUAUUAAUCUUAUUUAUCAACCAAUUCGAGUUUUGAGUGCUCCACGAUAUCUAGGAAACAGAAGAUUCUGAAAGAUUCCCGAUUGAACAUGUUCCAUGAGCAACAUCUCAGGAUGCAUUUAAAAGGGAAAAAACCCGGGAACUAGGUUAGGCAGCGUGAAAAGAACUGUUUUUCUCCCAGGCCACGCUGGGUUGUAGCCACGAGCAUUAUCAUCCAGACUAUUUAAGGUCUGAGUCUGAAACUUCUAAAAAUAGACAGGGAAGGGCUGCCCUGCACAGUCACACCCUGGUGUGUCCCCACCAGCUCCCUCACAGAGCCCGUCUCUUUCCUGCUGAGUAUUACUGGAUCCAGGCUUGACACGUGCGGGAGGGUGUGUUCCUGGUAUUCCGCUGGUCUUGGAAGUUACAGUAAACAAAUGAUGAUGGUUUUUUCCUUAGAACCUCAGUAUUUAGCAUCUUGUUCAGCUCUUAUCCUGAUGAAAUAAUCUCAUAGAUUCUUGAUCUUGAUUUAAGUAGGUGUGUUAAUCUUACAGCUUUUAAAAGUGCUUAUUUUAAUUUUACUCCUGUUUAUGUUGUCUUUGUUUAGAGGAUUCGUGAGAGUUUCCUUUUUACAAAGUGAGAUGCCAUAUAAUGUUCAGUAACUGAGAGUCUUGACACAGCUAAUGUUUUUAAAAUCCUUUAAAUAUGAGGAUUUUUUUCUUUUUAUCUUGUCCUAUGAUUUUGUUGUGAACAGGGUGAACUUGACUGUAUAUUAGUAUAUUUGUUUGCAUAAUGACAUUUUUGAAAAAUAAAUUUUAGUUUUUAUCUUUCAUAUAAGCAACUUUUUAAUAUUAUACACUAUAUUCCCAAUGAUUUUCUUUUAAAUGAUUAUGUUUUCCUUCUAUUUAUUCAUGUUUUUAUUGUUUCAUAAUUAUACUAUUAAUAUACCCGCUUCUCGUGCUCAGAACCCUAGUGACUAAUGCUCUAUGUUUUGUAAGAGGUUCAAAAGACAGCUGCUAAUGGCCUACCUGUAUUUUAUAUAUAUAUAUAUAUGUUUUGUGUGUGUGUGUGUGUGUGUGUGUAUAAAAUCAUGUUAACAAAAAGUCUUGAUUGCUGAGGGGCGUUAGUUUCCUUGCCAUAACUACAUGAUGUGACAUUCUUAAAGCCAUCCUGUUCAAGGUAAUUUAAAGGACCAUAUUUCAAAGCCAGAUUGUAAUGAAAAGGAAAGAUGAGUCCAAAGUGCCCAGUUUCUUUUCAAGUAAUGCUUGCAAAUGAGUCUCCACUUUAUAAAAUUCUUUCUUGAUACUUAAAAAUCAAGCAAAAAAAUAACCUUUGCUUUUAGGAGCAUGUGUACAGAUGCCCAAACUAGAGUCUCUUCUGUAAAUAGUACUUCCUUGCAGUUACCAGAAUAAAGGGAUUUGCUCCA